CUGUGAGAAGGUGCACUCAAAGUCAAUGAUUCCAGAUAACAGCUCAUUUAAAACACUGUCCAGGGAGGGAACAGAUCAUGAUUGCUACAGCUCUGUUUUCAGCCUGUAUACUAGCCUGCUUUUGUGUUCAUGGCAACGAAAGGUGGCAGGAGUCCAACCAGCCUCAGAAUGAAGUGAAGGAGACUCUAAAGGAGUUCCCUGCGACCACAAUACACCCUGUCUUUCACUGCCCAGACAUGAGCCCCUCUCCCAUGGUUCCCACCUCAGUGGAGUUGGUGAAAGCUGCAGAUAUCAAAGUCAUUGCAGCUCUGGGGGACUCUCUAACAACAGCUAUUGCUGCCAAUGGCUCCACCAUUCUGUCAGUCCCUGUUGAAUAUCGGCAUGUUUCAUGGAGUAUUGGAGGUUAUGGAACUUAUCAAGAUGUCAUCACACUUGCAAACAUUUUCAAGCUGUUUAACCCCGAGCUGCUGGGUCCGGCUCCACGGUGGACGCUCCAUGGCUUCCCUACUAGCAUCAAUGAGACAGGAUUCAACUUUGCUGUGACAGGACACAACUCUCUGAAUGUCUCUGACCAGACCAGACAUAUGAUCGACACGUUUAGGGCCUACCCAGUAAGACUCAUCACUAUUCACAGACACCUUCCUAUUGGAUAAUUGUAUUUAUUAUUGACUCU